AUGCAGAAGGGCUGGAAAAAGUACUUCGGGCAGAAGUCCCUCAGCGAGGUGGCCAUGGACAAGUACCUGGGAAGUCUGGGACUCUACCGCAAGAUGACGGCCAAGGACGCCUCCUGCCUCUUCAGAGCCGUCUCGGAGCAACUGUUCUCAUCUCAAAUUCAUCAUUUGGAAGUUAGGAAAGCUUGUGUCUCCUUUAUGAGGCAGCACCAGUCCAGGUUUGAAUCUUAUGUGGAAGGCUCAUUUGAGAAAUACCUAGAACGACUAAGAGAUCCAAAGGAAAGUGCUGGCCAGCUGGAAAUAAGUGCUUUAUCAAUGAUGUACAAGCGAGACUUCAUUCUGUAUCGGUACCCUGGAAAGCCACCCACGUAUGCCACAGACCAUGACUUUGAAGACAAGAUUUUACUGUGUUGUUCCAGCAACGGCCAUUAUGACUCUGUGUAUACAAAACAAUUUCAGGAGAAUGCUGCUGUUUGCCAGGCUCUAUUAUAUGAGGUCCUGUACAAAGGUGUGUUUGGCAUGGAUGAGGAAGAAUUAAGGUCUGCAGUGGAGGUGUUUCGAAGUGGAUCCAAGAAGAACAGAAACAGUGGUCGUGUAGGAAGUGAGGAUGCAAACUUCGGUUGUCUUCAUGAAAAAGUAUCCAGAAAUCCAUCAGAAAAGAGGGUGGAUGACUGGGAAGGCAAUGGUGCUGGCAAUCCAGAGGAAGCUAAGUUCAAACAAGGCAUUGAAGAAGAAAAGCCUUCAGAAAAUCCCCCAAAGAUGCCUGUUCCUUAUAAAGUGCUAAAGGCACUGGACUCUGCGAUCUAUCGAAACGUGGAGUUUGAUGUUUGGCUGGACAGCAGAAAAGAGCUUCGAAAAACUGACUACAUGGUGUUUGCUGGGAGACAGUACUAUUUAGGAGACAAGUGUCAGGUGCGUCUGGAGCCGGGAGAGAGGUAUUACAAUGCUCAUAUCCAGGAAGUUGGACAGGAGGACAACACGUUGACUGUAUUUGUUGUGGAGCUGGCAGAAAAACAUACAGUUCCUUUGGCAAACUUGAACCCAGUGACUCAAGCGGCUCCUGUCCUUGCUCAGAAUGUGGCUCACAACCGAAGAGGAGGAGCCUAUCAGAAAAUAACAGGUGGACACUUCUCAGGAAUAGAAACGGGUAUGAAAACACAAAAGAGUAUGCUUAAGAAAGUUCGUGGAAAGGAAUUGGCUUAUAGCAGGGGGCAGCCACUUCUUCCACCCCGCCUACAGCACAAAGUUCCUUCGGGGCGCUCUCUUCCAGUUCACUGCUCCCAGGGUGGCGCAAACAUGGCACCUUACAAACCCUAUCAUCAGCAGGACCCUCAGAGACAUCACCGUGGAUUUGGGAUGCUGAGUUCCCCCUUUAAACUCAGGGGAUCUGCCCAAUUUAUAAACAGGCACAGCAUGGUUGGCCCUCAAAUAGCAUUCAACCCCAGUCCAGGAAAGAGAUGUUGUCAGAGCUAUGACAAUUUCUCCUACAGGUCCUGGUCGUACAGCCGUAGCCGCCGUCAGCUGCAGAGUGAGAAUAAGGAGUGUCAGGAUGGGUUUAUGGCAGGGCACGGAGAGGAGCCUCAAGGGCCAGAAGAAACUCUGACUUUCUAUGAGACUGAAGGAGAGAAUGAUGCUGCUUUUUCUACCUUACCAGUAAGUUAUGAACAAAGGGUAAGCUUUGCUUUUCAGAGCCAGAGUAGUCCUGCUCCCACUGUCCAUAGUCCAACAGGAUUUUGGGUAGCAAGGAGAAACCAGAACUCUGUUUCACCUAACAAGCAGACCCUGAAUUCCUCAGAGGAGGAGGAAGCAGUAAGUGAAAAUGGAAAAUUUCAUGAAGAAUAUAUCUAUACACUCCUAGAUCCUGACUGUGAAACUGCAACAGUAUUUAGUUCAGCAGAACCUACAGCAAACUUGGAUUUCCAAAAUGAUUUAUAUAAAGUGAGAAUUUUUGAAGUAUGUGGUAUUUCUGUAGUCUCUGUCAAAGCCAGUUGCAGAGGCAGUCUGCUGAAUACUCUGACUCUUUUCCAGGUGUUGGUGAACUCUGCAGGAGUUUCAACCUCCACAGAUGUUUAUACUGCUCCAGCUACAGGCCUCUCUUCAAAUUCUGCUACCUCCACUCCAACCAGUGUCACCACAGCAACUCCCCCCCAGACAGCAGUUCAACCUGUCAUAGUAUCUCCCUUUUCUGUGGGGAGACCAGUUUCUUCGGUGCCGUUCCCAACUUACUCAACUCCUCUUCGUCCAGUGAGUGAGGUGGGACAAGCUGGUGCUGUUCUUCCAGCUUACUCUUGUGAUCCCAGUGGCAGUGAUCUGCCUCGAGAUACAAAGGUCUUGCGGUAUUACUUUAAUCUGGGAUUGCAAUAUUGCCAUCAGAGCUAUUGGCCUUCCAUGGUGUAUGCACAGCCAGUGCUGCCUCCAUCUUCAGCAGAAGUUUAUCCAGCAUAUGCUGAGCCAGCUCCUGCCUUAGAUCAGUCAGUACCUCAGAUCUUCACUGAUGCUCGGCAGACUGAAGUCCAGGUUCCCUUGGAAGCACCAGCAAAUGGUAACUUUCCAAAUGCAGAGCCUCCACCCCUAUCCUAUGGACCAGUGCAUUACCCAGUUGUGUCAUACCCCUUCAACCAGCAGUCUCUGCCUCGGUUUGACACUGUGGUUCCUGCCUACCGCUAUAUUAGUACCUGGCACCCAGUAAAUCCUGCACAUGGAAGUUCACCACAAAUGGCCAACGCUGUAAGUUCAGGACCACCACACCAAAUCAGCUAUAUUGCCUCACCUAACCCUGUACCUCAUGACAUGCCUCAAGGAAUGUAAAUCUGGGAGCUGGAAACUCAUUCUUGGUUUCUCGUUUCUUGUUUGUCAACUGUUGCUAAUAUAUU